GAGGCUCGGAAGACAGACCUCUCCUAUUCCAUUGUAUACAACAACCUGUUUCCUGACUCGGGUCUGCAGGCAGGCUUUCUCGCUGAUCUGGCCGGAAAGAGAGACACUCUGUACGCUGGUGGCCCGUUCCCAAUCAGCAUGACGCGACUGUCUACCGUCGGUAAGGGGGUCUUCAGUGGAUUCAAGGAUCCCGAGCAGACCAAGGACCAACAUGUGAGAAUCCACGACGGCCGCUUGUCCAUGAACGAUCUCGUCGAGGCGGCUCAGGAAGUAACUGGUGCUGAGGGAUGGACGAUCACAGAGGGUAAUUCAGCUGACGAAGUAGCCAAGUCAAACAAGGCCUUGUCUGAGGGCAUAUUUGAGAAUUGGGCUUUCUUGGGUUGCAUAAAGGUGGCAUCCCAGGCUGAGGAGUAUGGACCGGGCUUUGAGCUGGUUCAUAACGAGCUGCUGGGCUUGAAGGAGCAUUCCCAGGAUAAGAUGAAAAGCCUGGCUAAGGAAAUCGCCAAGAGCAUCCUGUCAAAGUAA